CAUUCAUCAAAUCCCUAUCUGAGAACUGGACUUUCGGAGAGAUUAUUUCUCAUUAAAAUUUCAAAUUUCAAAGAGAAGAGACUAGAAGUGUGCAGUGUCGAAGGUGAAGAAAAGUUCGGGAAAAAUGAGUGUCGACAAACAGAUACAGCCGCCGGGCUUUGAUUUCGAUCUCGAACGGGGAUUGGAGAAGGAGAUGGAGAAGGAGGAGGAUGCUGCCAGCACAUCCAAGAUGGUCCUGGAGGAGGACACCAGCUCCUUGCUGGCGGAGGCCAUUGGUACGUGGGAUCCCGUAUGUGUCGGCGAACUGAGCCGUAAUACUAGUCUCACCACGGUGAGCAGUAGUUUCCCAUUGUCCGCCAGGAUCGUCAGUCAUCAUCGCUGGGAGUCAGAGUCUGAAUAUUUGAGACAGGCAAGUCCAGAGAGUAGCUGCAAAUGCCAGCUACGAAAAAAGGGAAAUCCAAACUCAAUGACUUCCAAAUAA